AUGGCCAGCCUCAAGUGCAAAGCCUCCGUUGAAGGUUCUGAUAACCUACAAAAUCUCUACACCAAACGUCUCAAGGAUUCACAUAUGGAGAGCAAUGUCACCGUGGUCGCCGAGUCUGAUCCCAGAAAGCGCAAAGCCCACAGUCCGCCCGAGAAACCGCCAGACACUGUCAGCAAGAAACGACUCGGCUCCGAUCAACUGACCGCACACCACUCCACUUCAGACUCCGUUCCUGUCGACACAGGUUUUACCAAUGACACGCAGCUCAUCCGUCCUCCGCUCAACUUCUCCGCCACGGUCUUGCGUCGUACCCAUAUCUACUUCUGCACCACCCCUGACACGGUGAACCCGCCCAGGCCAAGCAUGGCAGGCUCAGAAAUACUCAUUCACAUCCACGAAAGCAGCGUCAAGUUGGUGCUCUCAAGUCUGUACGAAGCGGAGACACAAAUGCGUACGAGUGGCCUUUAUGAGAUUGAUAGCGUUCUGGGCUUUCUAGCUGCAAUCAUUGGAGCGUUUGUGUAG